GCAUGUGCUCGCCUGUAGUCGGCGGGAGGGAGUCCAAGGCUUCACUGCACUACAUUCAUAGGCUGCAAAGAAAGGCACUUCAUGCCUGGAUAAGCUACGUUCACCUCCGCCAAGCUAAGAGGAAACCACAAGGUGCCAUCUUCUGUUAAUCAUGUGUACUAGUGUUUCUCUUAUCACAAUCACUGGAUGGCAUUCAUGGUCCAGGAUAACACUGUAGCCUACAUGUUUUUGUAUUCUAUGUUAUGCGUCUUGUAUGUCCAUUCGUCAUCACACAUGAAGUUCCCUCCCAGGAAAUAAAAGUGAUUUGAAUUUAAUUGUUUCAAAGUUAGUACCACAUCUGCUAUGUUAUGUGUUUUCUCCGUAGUUUACAGACAGGUAUUGGAUACUCUGGCAGCAACGUCUGGAGGAAGCUGAAGAUGGGGGACUUCAGACACAGAUUACACUCGUCCACUACAGGUAGGCAGGCUUCUUUUGUAAAAUUUCAGCAACGCUAUCCAUACACAUGUUUUUGACUUCCCAGACAACUAGUGUGUUCCGUGUUAGUAGAAGAGUAAUUCUGAAAAUAGUUUGUCUCUUGACAGCACUUCACUGCAGAGCAACUGUUUGAAUCACUGGAGAGAGCAGCUUGUUGAGCACUGAUGCAUGCAGGUACACACACGCCUACAGGUAACUGCCAAAAUAAAGGAAACACCAACAUAAAGUGUCUUAAUAGGGCAUUGGGCCACCACGAGCCAGAACAGCUUCAAUGCACCUUCAGUUGGCAUAGAUUCUACAAGUGUCUGGAACUCUAUUGGAGGGAUGCGACAACAUUCUUCCACACAAAAUUUCAUAUUUUGUUGAUGGUGGUGGAAAAUGCUGUCUCAGGUGUUCAAUUGGGUUGAGAUCUGGUGACUUAGAUGUCCAUGGAAUACGGUUUACAUCAUUUUCAUGCUCAUCAAAGCAUUGAGUGACCACACGUGCCCUAUGGAGGCAUAGCCAUUAUAAACAAAAUAAUGGCCUGCCCAGCAUUUUUAGACGUGACCCUAAGCAUGAUGGGAUGUUAAUUGCUUAAUUAUCUCAGGAACCACACCUGUGUGGAAGCACCUGCUUUCAAUACACUUUGUGUCUCUCAAUUACUGACGUGUUUCCUUUAUUUUGGCAGUUACAUGUACAUUACUGUGUGUGGUUGUAGGGUCUGGAGCGUCAUGCUGAGGCCUGGUUUGCUAACCACAUCUUGCCUGGGUUGAGUUUACCUGCCAGAAGAAACAGCACAGGGAGAGGAGAGAGACAGCACAACUCCAUAAUCCCAUCCUGUUUCUGACCUAGUGCUGAUCUAGGAUCAGAUCCACCCAGUCCAUGUGAUCUUAUUCAUUAUGAUCUGAAAAGCAAAGCUGAUCCUAGAUCAGCACAACUACUAUUAGACACUUUUUGAAAAAGGGCCCUGGGCUACAUUUAUGAAAUACAUAUAGCUAGCCUUGUGAUGAUGAUGAUGUUGUUAGUGUGUGGCACACUCUAACCGUCUGUAGGCAGCGUCAGUACACUUGGGCCUUUUACACCUGGUGGGGACAUUCAGAGGAGAGAAAGGAGCAGAAGCUGGCUGAGAGGAUGGUAAAACAGCUGUCACAACACACAUACACACCACUCAGAGAUAUAUACACACUGUCAUGGUACAUACAUACACCCAGACACAGCCCACCUGUCCUGCCCUUUAGGCCUUGCUGCAUGAAGAGAGGUCGUGUUUGAGUAGAGCCUGGGACCACUGGCAGUGGAGGGCGAGGCAGGAAAGGGAGAAACGGAGCGCCUCUGACACACUGUACCGCCAUACUCUACUCCACAACACACUGAGCCAGUGGAAGGACAACGUCACCAUGAUCCGGGACAGGUACUGUACGACUGACCGUCUUGAGAUUAUAAUACACUUUAAUGACCUGUUACUCAAUCAAUCAAUCAAUCAAAUGUAUUUAUAAAGCCAUUUUUACAUCAGCAGAUGUCACAAAGUGCUAUACAGAAACCCAGCCUAAAACCCCAAACAGCAAGCAAUGCAGAUGUAGAAGCACGGUGGUUAGGACAAACUCCCUAGAAAGGCAGGAACCUAGGAAGAAACCUAGAGAGGAACCAGGCUCUGGGGGGUGGCCAGUCCUCUUCUGGCUGUGCCGGGUGGAGAUUAAAAUAGUACAUGGCCAUUAAGGUCAGAUUGUUCUUCAAGAUGUUCAAACGUUCAUAGAUGACCAGCAGGGUCAAAUAAUAAUCAGUGGUUGUAGAGGGUGCAACAGGUCAGUACCUAAGGAGUAAAUGUCAGUUGGCUUUUCAUAGCCGAGCGUUGAGGUCGAGACAGCAGGUGCGGUAGAGAGAGAGUCGAAAACAGCAGGUCCAAGACAAGGUAGCACGUCCGGUGAACAGGUCAAGGUUCCCUAGCCGCAGGCAGAACAGUUGAAACUGGAGCAGCAGCACGAACUGGUGGACUGGGGAUAGCCAGGAGUCAUCAGGCCAGGUAGUCCUGAGGCUUGGUCCUAGGGCUCAUGUCCUCCGGGAGGGGAGGGAGAAUUAGAGGGAGCAUACUUAAAUUCACAUAGGACACCAGGUAAGACAGGAGAAUUACACCAGAUAUAACAGACUGACCCUAGCCCAUGGCACAUAGACUAUUGCAGCAUAGAUACUGAGACUGGUGGGUCGGGGGACCCUGUGGCCCUGUUCGACGAUACCCCUGGACAGGGCCAACCAGGCAGGAUAUAACCCCACCCACUUUGCCAAAGCACAGCCCCCACACUGCUAAGGGAUGUCAACAGACCACCAACUUACUACCCUGAGACGAGGCUGAGUAUAGCCCACGCAGAUCUCCUCCACCGCACGAGCCCGAGGGGGCGCAAAACCAGACAGGAAGAUCACGUAUGUGACUCAACCCACUGAAGUGACGCACCCCACCUAGGGACGGCAUGGAAGAGUACUAGUAAGCCAGUGACUCAGCCCCCAUAAUAGGGUCAGAGGCAGAUAAUCCCAGUGGAGAGAGGGGAACCGGCCAGGCAGAGACAACAAGGGCGGUUCGUCGCUCUAGUGCCUUGCCGUUCACCUUCGCACCCCUGGGCCAGACUACACAGUCAUAGGACCUACUGAAGAGAUGAGUCUUCAGUAAAGACUUAAAGGUCGAGACCGAGUCUGCGUCUCUCACAUGGAUAGGCAGACCAUUCCAUAAAAAGUGAGCUCUAUAGGAGAAAGCCCUGCCUCCAGCUGUUUGCUUAGAAAUUCUAGGGACAAUAAGGAGGCCUGCAUCUUGGGGCCGUAGUGUACGUGUAGGUAUGUACGGCAGGACCAAAUUGAAGAGAUAGGUAGUUGCAAGCCCAUGUAAUGCUUUGUAGGUUAGCAGUAAAAUCUUGAAAUCAGCCCUAGCCUUAACAGGAAGCUAGUGUAGAGAGGCUAGCACUGGAGUAAUAUGAUCAAAUUUUUUGGUUCUAGUAAGUCAGGAUUCUGUCAGCCGUGUUUAGCACUAACUGAAGUUUAUUUAGUGCUUUAUCUGGGUAGCCGGAGAGUAGAGCAUUGCAGUAGUCUAAUCUAUAAGUGACAAAAGCAUGGAUCAGCUUUUCUGCAUAAUUUUUGGACAAACGGUUUCUGAUUUUUGCAAUGUUACUAAGAUGGAAAAAAGCUGUCCUUGAAAUAUUCUUGAUAUGUUCGUCAAAAGAGAGAUCAGGGUCCAGAGUAACGCCAAGGUCCUUCACAGUUUUAUUUGAGACGACUGUACAACCAUCAAGAUUAAUUGUCAGAUCUAACAGCAGAUCUCUUUGAUUCUUGGGACCUAGAACUAGCAUCUCUGUUUUGUCCGAGUUUAAAAGUAAAACAAAUUGCCGCCAUCCACUUCCUUAUAUCUGAAACACAGGCUUCCAGGGUAGGCAAUUUUGGUGCUUCACCAUGUUUCAUCGAAAUUUACAGCUGUUUGUCAUCUGCAUAGCAGUGAAAGUUGACAUUGUGUUUCCGAAUGACAUCACCAAGAGGUAUAAUAUAUAGUGAAAACAAUAGUGGUCCUAAAACGGAACCUUGAAGAACGCCGAAACUUACAAUUGAUUUGUCAGCGGACAAACCAUCCAGAGGCAAGAACUUGUCCGUGUAGACCAAUUACGGCUUCCAAUCUGUCCAAAAGAUUGUGGCGAUCGAUUGUGUCAAAAGCAGCACUAAGGUCUAGGAGCACAAGGACAGAUGCAGAGCCUUGGUCUGACGCUAUUAAAAGGUAAUUUACCACCUUCACGAGUGCAGUCUCAGUGCUAUGAUGGCGUCUAAAACCAGACUGAAGCGUUUCGUAUACAUUAUUUGUCUUCAGGAAGGCAGUGAGUUGCUGCGCAAUAGCUUUUUCAAAAUGUUUUGAGAGGAAUGGGAGAUUCGAUAUAGGCUGAUAGUUUUUAACAUUUUCCGGGUAAAGGUUUGGCUUUUUCAAGAGAGGCUUUAUUACUGCCACUUUUAGUAAGUUUGGUACAAAUCCGGUGGAUAGGGAGCCAUUUAUUAUGUUCAACAUAGGAGGGCCAAGCACAGGAAGUAGCUCUUUCAGUAGUUUAGUUGGAAUAAGGUCCAGUAUGCAGCUUGAAGGUUUAGAGGCCAUGACUAUUUUCAUGAAUGUGUCAAGAGAUAUAGGAUUAAAAAACUUGAGUGUCUCGAUUGAUCCUAGGUCCUGGCAGUUCUGUGCAGACUCAGGACAACUGAGCUUUGGAGAAGUACGCAGAUUCAAAGAGGAGUCUGUAAUUUGCUUUCUAAUGAUCAUGAUCUUUUCAUCGAAGUAGUUCAUGAAUUCAUCACUGCUGAAGUGAAAGCUAUCCUCUUGUGACAAAUGUUUUUAGGGGUGCGACUGCAUCUAGGGUAUUACGCAAGGUUAAAUUUAGUUCCGCAGUUAGGUGGUUAACCAAAUGUUGUACUCCGAUGUCCUUGGGUAGGUGGAGGGAGUCUGGAAGGGCAUCUAGGAAUCUUUGGGUUGUCCGAGAAUUUAUAGCAAGGCUUUUGAUCAUCCUUGUUUGGGGUCUGAGCAGAUUAUUUGUUGCGAUUGCAAACGUAAUAAAAUGGUGGUCCGAUAGUCCAGGAUUAUGAGGAAAAACAUUUAGCGCCACAAUUUUUAUUCCAUGGGACAAAACUAUAUCCAGGGUAUGACUGUUGCAAUGAGUACAUCCGGAGACAUGUUGGACAAAACCAACUGAGUCGAUGAUGGCUCCGAAAGCAUUUUGGAGUGGGUCUGUGGACUUUUCCAUAUGAAUAUUAAAGUCACCAAAAGUUAGAAUAUUAUCUGCCAUGACUACAAGGUCCGAUGGGAAUUCCAGGAACUCAGUGAGGAACGCUGUAUAUGGUCCAGGAGGCCUGUAAACAGUAGCUAUAAAAAGUGAUUGAGUAGGCUGCAUAGUUUAUGACUAGAAGCUCAAAUUUGCUGUCAUAAAUGUUAGCAACACCUCCGCCUUUGCGGGAUGCGCGGGGGAUAUGGUCACUAGUAUAACCAGGAAGAGAGGCCUCAUUUAAUUAAUCAGGCUUGAGCCAUGUUUCAGCCAGGCCAAUCACAUCAAGAUUAUGAUCAGUGAUUAGUUAAUUGACUAUGACUGCCUUGGAAGUGAGUGAUCUAACAUUAAGGAGCCCAAUCUCUUUCAAUAAUGACAGGAAUGGAGGAGGUCUUUAUUCCAGUGAGAUUGCUAAGGCAAACACCGCCAUGUUUAGUUUUGCUCAACCUAGAUCGAGGCACAGACACGGUCUCAAUUGGGAUAGCUAAACUGACUGUGCUAGUGGCGGACUCCACAAAGCUGACAGGCUGGCUAACAGCCUGCUGCCUGGCCUGCACCCUGUCUCAUUGUGGAGCUAUAGGAGUUAGAGCCCUGUCUAUGUUGAUAGAUAAGAUGAGAGCACCCCUCCAGCUAGGAUGGAGUCCGUCACUCCUCAGCAGGCCAGGCUUUGUCCUGUUUGUGGGUGAGUCCCAGAAAGAGGGCCAAUUAUCUACAAAUUCUAUAUUUUGGGAGGGGCAGAAAACAGUUUUUAACCAGCGAUUGAGUUGUGUGACUCUGCUGUAGAGCUCAUCACUCCCCCUAGCUGGGAGGGGGCCAGAGACAAUUGCUCGAUGUCGACACAUCUUUCUAGCUGAUUUACACGCUGAAGCUAUGCAGCGCUUGGUGACCUCUGACUGUUUCAUCCUAACAUCGUUGGUGCCGACGUGGAUAACAAUAUCCCUAUACUCUCUACACUCUGCAGUUUGAGCCUUAGCCAGCACCAUCUUCAGAUUAGCCUUUAAGUCUGUAGCCCUGCCCCCUGGUAAACAGUGUAUGAUCGCUAGAUGAUUAUUUUUAAGUCUAAUAUUGCGUGUAAUGGCGUCACCAAUGUCUUGGGUUUUCAAUUUGUCAGAGCUAAUGGUGGGAGGCUUCGGCGGUUCAGACCCCGUAACGGGUGGAGGAGAGACCUGAGGCUCGGCCUCUGACUCCGACUCGUUGCUUAAUGGGGAGAAAGUUUCUGUCGGUUGAGCAUGCCAGAGUAAUCCUACAUUCUUUGUUUCUGUAUGAUGUCAGUAUGUCCAGCACAGAAGAGCGAAGAACAGCAGGCUGGAUCAGAUUGACUCAUACAUGAAGACAGACUUCUCAAACACACCUUACAGGCCUGGAAGGCACAACAGAGCUCACAUCAUAUACAUCAGGGAUGGGCAACUGGAAGAUUGUAUUACAUUUUUUUAGGAACUCUGGGUCUGAACUUACUUUUGACAGUUAGAAUAGUAGAAUACACAAGGUGCAGUUUCUAAUUUGGUUUUGCAUCGACAGUUUCUCUUGUUAUGUCACUCAAUUAGCCCAUGUCAGCUAUAAUGUAUUAGAUUGAUAAGUUAGUCUAGCGGCCUGCUAUCUAAACUUGUAGUUGUCAUGGUUGAAUUACCAACCAGGGGGCCCCCAUUUGAUUUUGUGAGUCACUCUCACUCAGAUAUCAUAUUAAAAACUGCAAACAUUUCUCUCCACCUCAUGUCAAAAUCUGUAGCAUUGCAGGAAAUUAACUCUAAAACUUCAACAACAACAAAAUCGCUCCGCUGUCAAGAGGGGGGGGGGGCCCAAAAAGGCUAGGGCCGGCUCUGACUGCAUGUGUGGGUAUGGAUGUGUGUAUGCAGACCUGCUAGCCACCCCUCAAAGUUGCCAAUCCCUGUUAUACAUCAUACUACAUCAAAAGUGUUAGUUAACAUUUCUAUUGUUGUUCAUUAUUUCAUUUGGUCAUCAUGUGUCUUCUGACCUGAUUGAUGCUUCUCGCAGAAUAGGCUCCACCCUGCUUAGUUUGUUUGUGUCCUAUGGGACGUGCUGUAAUCUCUCUGCCUAUGAUCCCCUGUAGGAGCAUCUCCUCCAGACACAGCAGGUCAAUGAGCAUGUAGAGGAGCGCUACAGCCUGCAUCAGCAUGACUUCAUGUCUCAACCCAAAUGGAUCCACAGUCUCGAUCUCUUUAUCCACCAUAUUUUACUUGUAAUUGAUUUUGUAAUCUUUCUAACUGACACUUGUAUUACGUCUUCCCAGGAGGAUUCUGCGUGUGUGGAAGGAGACUGCAGCCCUGUUGGCAGCAGCCAGGAGCAGAGAGCAGAGAAACACUACCAGCACUGUGUUCAGGCUAAGGUAUUAGAGCUGAUCUAAGACCUAUCUACUACUAUCUACUAGUUUAAGGCUAUUAUUUAAAGUAUUAUAGAAGCUCAAUGACUUAGCUACCAAUUCAUUUCUACUGCUUCAUAUGUUAUCAGUACUGUUACCACGACUGAUUCUGGCUGCAACUACUGCUCAGUCAGUGUGAAAUACUGACCCACAAAUGUCAUUUAUUUUCCUAUAGGUGCUGUUGGCUUGGAGGAAGCCAUAUCUUGUGCAGUGUCAAACCGUCACCAGCAGAGAGAGGCAGUGAGCAGGGCUCAGUCACAUUAAUAAAGGUAAAGAGAUACUAAGAUGGAGACAAAUUGUUCAAUAUUCGAUGCUAUUUUCUGUUAGAUCCUUCUCCUGGCACAUUGAAUGAAGCCUCCAUUGAAAUGUGAAGCCUAAUGCCAUCAUUUUUGAAUGUCUCAGUGUGGCAGCAGGUGACUUUCAGGAGAUGGAGGGAUCGAAGCAGAGAGGUUGUAGAGGAGAGUACAGGCAUGGAGAAAGCCAAAAGGCACCACCACCACUCUCUUCUCUGCAGUAUGUUCAGAUUGUGGACUAUGUACCAGCAGCAGAGCUAUAAGGUAGAUGGGUACUGCAUGUUCAACUCUGUUGUGUGGUAUUUGAUACAUUCUGAUCAUAUGUUAGUCUGUGUUAAUAUUGUGUUUUUCAUGGGGUCCUUAUUUAGGUGAUGCAAGAAAGGGGACACUCAAUGCUGAGACAAAAUACAUGCCAGCUCUUUUUUGCACGCUAGAAAAUUGUGGUGAGUUUAUUGCUGUUUUUAACAUGAAUUCCUGUUUUAACAUGCUUAUUUCAAAUAUUAAAGGUCAACUUGCCAAGACUUGUGUGAGAAAUUUGUGUUCAAGUCACUUUAAAAUACAAUGAUUUAAUUGAAAAAUAGUCUUUUUGGAUGGUUCUUGUCUCAAAGAAAGGCCAGAUAAUCUAAUUAUCUCCUCUUUCAUUGGUCCGUCUGUGAGCCUCUGAGUGUCGGGGUGAACUCCUGGCUGUUAUGUAACUGAGUGUGUUUUUCUUCCCUGGUGUGCACAGCUGCAGCACAGAAGGAGAGAGGCUGAACAGAUAGAUCUGGCCCUCUGGCACUGGUCCCUCAGUCUGCAGGCCAAGGUAACACCUGGACACAUACUUCACUGGCAGCUGGCCUUCAGCCUAACUAAACCACAUGAGAUAUUAUCCCUCUCUCUCUGUUUGUCUGUAGUGGAGGAAUUCUCUCUCCUGCAUGAUUACCACUGCUUACCCUGUUGAUGUAUAUAGCCUGGGUGCAGAUCUGUUUGUGCGCUCUUGCCAAUUAAUAUAGGAGUUAGCAAGACAUCACAAAUGGCUCUGUGACCAGGCUAAUGGGUGUAAAGUCAGAGACAUAUUUUCCUCGUUGAUGAUAUCCAGGCCACAGCUGGAAUAAAGGAUAUGAAAGGCACUCUAUAGACAUAAUGAAUGAGACGUCCCCUGGUGAAUAGAGUGGAAACCAAUAGAAGAGUGUAGACUCAUCAGACAUAAUGAAUGAGACGUCUGAUCCCCUGGUGUGUUCUGUUCCAGGUGCUGGAGGCUGUCGGUCGCGGAGCAGCACCGGAAGCAGGAGAGGCUGGCCCAGGCUGCCCAGUUCUAUAGAGACCAGCUCCUAAUGGAAGGGGUGGCCCAAGCCACUCACAUGGGCAGCUUCUGCACCAACAUAGCACUGCACAGCCAGGAGCAGGUGUGUGUGAGCAGAUUCUGUGUUUGAUUAUCUUAUAGUCUGCCUUGUCUGUGUGGAAGUGUAUUAAGCCUGUCUUUUCUGUGCUCAGCCCUGGCGCAGAGGGCCUCACCCACAGCCGUACACAGACUCAGUGGCGCAGGGAGCAGGAGACCGCACCCUCAACCACUUGUAAGUGUGGGCACAUGUUACUAUGCCAACAUCAGACCCUACACCUUAUGGGGAGGGUUUUCCGGAUACAUGGAAAAUCUCAAUUGAAAUCACUUUUUAGUCCAGGACCAGGCUUAAUGUGUGUCUGGGAAACUGGCCCUAUGUCUCCAAUCCUUGGAAGUCUCACAGUAACUCUCUCUAACUGUGUGCAGGGUGGCGGUGCGUGCUUCCAGAUAGCAACCACGACGGCCUAGAGAUCUGCUGGACUCCCCGGUCAAAGAGCUGCUACCACCUGCAGCUCCUCUACAUCUAAGACCCAGUCUUCUACCACCUCCACCCCAGGUCCCAGUAACAGCGAGCCUCCACCCUGCUGCAGCCUCCCUCCCCAUCACUCCCGUACUGGCACAGCCAGCGCCCCAGCUUCGUCUCCCAACGGCCUCACAUUAUGGAUCACUAGACCAGGACUGCCCCCCUUCUCAUUCAUGACCACCCACACUCAAACUAAGGUAGCGAUUACUACAGUGAGGGGAAAAAAAGUAUUUGAUCCCCUGCUGAUUUUGUACGUUUGCCCACUGACAAAGAAAUGAUCAGUCUAUAAUUUUAAUGGUAGGUUUAUUUGAACAGUGAGAGACAGAAUAACAACAAAAAAAUCCAGAAAAAACGCAUGUCAAAAAUGUUAUGAAUUGAUUUGCAUUUUAAUGAGGGAAAUCAGGAUUUGACCCUCUCUCAAUCAGAAAGAUUUCUGGUAAUGAGCUGAGAUUAGGAGCACACUCUUAAAGGGAGUGCUCCUAAUCUCAGCUUGUUACCUGUAUAAAAGACACCUGUCCACAGAAGCAAUCAAUCAAUCAGAUUCCAAACUCUCCACCAUGGCCAAGACCAAAGAGCUCUCCAAGGAUGUCAGGGACAAGAUUGUAGACCUCACAAGGCUGGAAUGGGCUACAAGACCAUUGCCAAGCAGCUUGGUGAGAAGGUGACAACAGUUGGUACGAUUAUUCGCAAAUGGAAGACACACAAAAUAACUGUCAAUCUCCCUCGGCCUGGGGCUCCAUGCAAGGUCUCACCUCGUGGAGUUGCAAUGAUCAUGAGAACGGUGAGGAAUCAGCCCAGAACUACACGGGAGGAUCUUGUCAAUGAUCUCAAGGCAGCUGCGACCAUAGUCACCAAGAAAACAAUUGGUAACACACUACGCCGUGAAGGACUGAAAUCCUGCAGCGCCCGCAAGGUCCCCCUGCUCAAGAAAGCACAUAUACAGGCCCGUCUGAAGUUUGCCAAUGAACAUCUGAAUGAUUCAGAGGAGAACUGGGUGAAAGUGUUGUGGUCAGAUGAGACCAAAAUCGAGCUCUUGGGCAUCAACUCAACUCGCCGUGUUUGGAGGAGGAGGAAUGCUGCCUAUGACCCCAAGAACACCAUCCCCACCGUCAAACAUGGAGGUGGAAACAUUAUGCUUUGGGGGUGUUUUUCUGCUAAGGGGACAGGACAACUUCACCGCAUCAAUGGGACGAUGGACGGGGCCAUGUACCGUCAAAUCUUGGGUGAGAACCUCCUUCCCUCAGCCAGGGCAUUGAAAAUGGGUCGUGGAUGGGUAUUCCAGCAUCACAAUGACCCAAAACACACGGCCAAGGCAACAAAGGAGUGGCUCAAGAAGAAGCACAUUAAAGUCCUGGAGUGGCCUAGCCAGUCUCCAGACCUUAAUCCCAUAGAAAAUCUGUGGAGGGAGCUGAAGGUUCGAGUUGCCAAACGUCAGCCUCAACCUUAAUGACUUGGAGAAGAUCUGCAAAGAGGAGUGGGACAGAAUCCCUCCUGAGAUGUGUGCAAACUUGGUGGCCAACUACAAGAAACGUCUGACCUCUGUGAUUGCCAACAAGGGUUUUGCCACCAAGUACUAAGUAAUGUUUUGCAGAGGGGUCGAAUACUUAUUUCCCUCAUUAAAAUGCAAAUCAAUUUAUAACAUUUUUGGCAUGUGUUUUUCUGGAUUUUGUUGUUGUUAUUCUGUCUCUCACUGUUCAAAUAAACCUACCAUUAAAAUUAUAGACUGAUCAUGUCUUUGUCAGUGGGCAAACGUACAAAAUCAGCAGGGGAUCAAAUACUUUUUUCCCUCACUGUAUAUUCCAAAAACACAUGUACUGUGUGUGUUUUGAAUGAGAUUUCUUUAUGCAAUUUUCUAUGUGAGGCAGCCUAGUGGCUCAUGGGUAAGAGACUCCUCACUACUGCCCCCCAAUGAGUUCACCAUCCUCCAUCAACAGCCAGAGUCUGAUGUAGAAGAUGUGUUAACUGAGGAGGAGGAUGGUGUGGAUCCCACCUUAGCCUGGACCAGAGAGCUGCUCAAUAUCCGCCUGGACAUGCAGUGCUUCCAACAGGACCGCAAGCAACUCCAGUAAGGAUUCACAGCUCUGUGAUUUUAAAAUUUCUGAUAGAUCUUGUUUAUACAUUCUGGUGGAUUUGUGUGUGUGUGUGUGUCGUGGCUAAGACUUGAAGAGGUGUUGAGGAGCUGGCUGCAGACGAGUGGAAGUGAGGGAGAGACUGAGGAGAGGAACACUAUCAGCCAAGAGCUGGAUGAGGUAAGACUUGAAGGGAAGAUGCUGCGGUCAUUGGUAUGUGUAAGGGCCACAAUGCCUUUAAGGCAGAGGAAGUAAGGAUUUAUAAACAAAAACAAUUGUGGUGUUUAUGAAAAAUAUAUUUUAAAAAUACUGGCUGUUCAACAGUCCAUAACGAAAACAAGAACCAAUCAUUUAAGUAAUACUUUUUUCAUUGGUUUCCUAUCCACUUAUAAAUUAUUAACUAAACUGAUGGCUUUGAUUUAGGAUGCAUUCCUCUGGAGGUGUCAUUUCAUGUGAGCCAUAAAUCUUCAGCUAUGAAAAUGGGAGCAGUCAGAGUUUAUAACAAGUCAAGCAUAUAAUAACAAUGCCAUAUCAUGCAAUGAUUUUCCCCAUUAUUUUGUGGUCAUUCCAGAUUCAUGUCCAGCUUUUUGUAUUGUUAUUUAGAGAUGGAGGAGCAUAUUGGCAGGCUGUCAGGUGAACUGGCAGAGCAGAAGCCUGAUCUCCACAGCAGCACAGCCACAGGACAGGGACUGGGACAGGCCAUUCUCAGCAGACCUCCAGAGCAUGGGGCUACUGAUCAUUACUCAGUCCACACUAGAUGACAGACAGGACCAUGGAGUCCCAGUGGUG